AUGCCUUCCCUUGCCGACUUAGGAGUCAUGGACCACAUGAGCAGAUCAGAGGAUGACAUGGAUGACAACUUGUCAACAUCCUCCUACUACUCUCUGUCAAACGUGGAGGACAUCUCUUUCAAGAAGAUCCCUGCACAUGAGGUGCGAAAGCAAAGCGAGCAUGUUCCUGAGUGCAGUCCUUGGGCUACCUAUCCUCACACCUUUCGCAAUAGCGAGGCACUACCGCUAAAGGUAGCCGGCCCGUGGAUGGAGUAUCCUCUCUGCCUUAGUGGCGUAUACUCACACUCGAAGGAUCCUGGACCAGCGAGGGUCAUUAUCAAUCCGUCUGUCCCUGGUGGACACGACGUUAUAUAUCACCCCACCAAGCGAGAAGGGAGAUUUCUUCAGGCAAAGUAUCGACCUAGAGGGUACAGGGCAAAGAUCUCUGGUUGUACGGCUAUGCCGACUAUACCUUCACCUCCAUCUUCUCCUCUUUUAUCUUCUGCCUCGCCAUCUUCACUUCUCUCUUCAUCUCCGCCUGCUAGUCCAGGUGUUUACGGAGCAGCUCAUAAUGGGUUGAUUGAGAUUACACCACAACAAGCGUUUGCCAUGGCAGCGCAGCAACAGAGCCUAAUGGCCAGUUGUAUUUAUCCGCAGACAGUCGGCUUAAACGGUUUGAUCCGCGGCCAGUCUUUGUUACAGUAUGGAAGCAUGAACCAGUCUUAUAUGCCUGGCUGCAACGUCAUGAGCGGCUUUGGUUAUUGCUAG